UGGGGCAGGAGGGUGGCCCCCUCUCCACGCCGAAUAAAUCCGAGUGGUGGGGGAUUGGCGCAGCUCCCCCCAAUUGGAGCGUCAGUCGCGUCGCGUUCAUCGAGCGAGUAGGGUUUCGUUCUUUUCCACCGGCAACCGAGUCUCGCUCAUCCCGGCUUUUCCUCUCGAAAUCUUCCCUCGUUUUCAUCCAGCAUCCGCUUCCGGUGAAUCCCAGUUUUGGAUUAAUCCAUCAAUAUUAAAUCCACCCUUUUUCAACUCUCAGGUUCGCGAUAAGAAAGUUGCUUCGAAAUUUCAAGUUGAAAUCAAAAUAGUGCAGUGCCGGUCAGUGCGAACAAUUCAUUGGAUUCGUCGAUAUUGUGGGUGAUUGUGGCGAGUGUUUAUGUUCGUCGAUUUUGUGUUUUUUUUCUGUUUUUUUAAUUUGGAAGAAUACAAUAGAGCACGCAAGCAAUACAAUAUUCAAUCAAGUAGAAGUUGAACUAAUAAAUAAUAAAAAAAAUCGGAAUAUCAUUUAGGAUUAGAUAUUCCGUCUUUCCCACGCGGUUCGGGGUUUAAAAUAAACUAGCCGCUUCCGUUGUGGAGGCAACCAAACAUUGACGAAGGUUCCUUGGGGAUUUGAUGUUUUCUCGUUCUUCGGUGAAAUCCGAAGUCGCAAAGCGAUCAUUGACCGCGUUUGCCGAUCCGUCGGCGGCGCGAGGCAAAAUGAGCGCCGUGCGUCGCGCAAUUUGACGUUAGUAGAACUGGCAAAACGCACGUUUUGCGAGAAAAACAAAACAAAAACUGGAAAUUAGCUAAUCACGGAUUAUUAGAGUCCUGGAAGUAGCUGAAGAUUUUGCAUCUGGAUGAUUCGAAAAUGCAAUCAAACACGUUACUGCGUGACAUCGUUAACACGGAGAAGCUCAUGAACAACAACAAUCUUAAUAACAAUGGAUCACCCGGCGCUGACAUAAUGUUUCAGAUGGAAGACGAGGGCCUAACGCAGCUCGGAAGCGUUUUCCAGUCCGCGUAUCAAUCUAUCGUUGGUGGUGGGCCUCAGUAUGGCUCUGAUGAAUUUGGACAAGAUUCUCCGAGAUACACCUCACCAAAGGCUGCGGCACUCUACGCAGAAUCCUAUUAUAUCGAUGGAAAUGCCGCGGGAACGGGUCCUGGUGACCCCUGGACGGGAGGAGGGGGUGGUGUUCAACCACCCUACAGCGGUUAUGCCCCACCCCACCUGGCCCAACCGGCCUAUCCCAUGCACCUACCCCAUGAUCCCAUGGCAUACUCGGCGAUGUCACCUAAUGGUGAGCCGCCAGCGCCAAUUCUAGGUUCAGCAGUGACAAGUGCGGCGUCGUUGCCGCCGAUGUCGACGUUUCGCGGUAGCGCUGCAGUCGCAGCGAAUAGCGGAACUGGUGCUCCCUCCCCGGCGUCGUUGCAAUACAGCCAUAGUCCCGGUGCGCCCGCACCUGGUGCACCGUCUUCCGCACCCAGUGCGCCCACCACCAAUCAGCCCUCCGCCGGAGACACCCUCGGCAAAGCCCUCGCAUCCGUAGUAAGCACACCACGAAUUUACCCCACGGACCAAUCAGUAUCCAGUUAUAGCAGUAAUCCCUCAACUCCAGUGAGUUCGCCGCCGCCCUUGACAGGCUCGGCGCCAGGCUGGGCGCCCGGAGCAGCUCCAGUCUCGCCUCACUUUACAGCGGAUCCAAAUCGGGGGACAAUUCACAUGCCGGCGCCUGAACAGCAGAGGUUAGACGAUGCCAUUGGCUUCCUUCGGGACCACGCCGAGUUGGUACAGGGUACGCGGAUGGAGGAACGACUGGACGAUGCAAUAAACGUACUGAGGAAUCACGCCGAGAGUCAAAUUGCCCUUCAACUCGGACCCGUGGGCCCCCACAGUUCCCUAUAUUCCCACUCGUCACCUCAACAGCUGGAUCACUUGACGAGUCCACAUCCAGCGGGUACAAUGGCGCAAGCACCGGGAUCUUAUCCGGGUCUCGCACCCACCCCAGACACCGACGGUUCCAUCAAAAUUGAAAGGCUACCGGUGACGAAUGCCAAAUACAUCUCUUUAGAAAAGCGGAAAGAUCCGCCAGACAGCAGUGGCGGUGACACAAAACCUUCAAGCAGCGAAUUGGCAGCGGGAGUCAUUGGUGCAGCAACAGUUAAUUCCACGUCGCAAGGAAAGGGAACGAAACGAUCGCGGAGAUAUUGUUCGAGCGCCGACGAAGAUUGUGACGAUCCUGGCACCAAAGCGGUGCGCGAAAAAGAACGUCGCCAAGCCAACAACGUUCGCGAAAGGAUACGUAUUAGAGACAUUAAUGAAGCACUGAAGGAACUCGGUAGGAUGUGUAUGACGCACCUGAAAACGGACAAACCACAAACGAAGCUUGGCAUUCUGAAUAUGGCCGUUGAAGUCAUCAUGACUCUGGAGCAACAAGUCAGAGAACGAAAUCUUAACCCAAAGGCAGCGUGCUUAAAAAGGAGAGAAGAAGAAAAGGCGGAGGAUGGACCAAAAUUGCCGGGGCAUCUUGCAGCGCACAUAGGUCAUCCACACCCGCAUCCACACCCCCAUUCUCAGCCACCUUUCCCUUCGAUGCCGGGACCGCCACCCUCCCUCCAGCACAAUCCGUCGCAACCGCAGUAGCAGCGGCUCGAUAGUGGCGUCAUUCUGUGUUAAAAGUCGUGUGCGUGUCAGGUCCAGUUGCAGCCUGUACAGAAUUCUCGACGAGGCCAGGAAUCGAAACUCGAAACUCGAAUAGAAGAUUCAGCCUUGCUACUGCUGACAAAAAAAAAGAAGAGGAAGUAUCGCGUAUAUAAAAAUUUUAUAUACAUAUAUAUAUAUUAUGUAUACAGAUAAAGAAUCUAUGUGAGUAUACAUAUGUAAAGCAUAUAGGAAAGAAGGACACUCUUUUUUUGUUUUUCCCCCCUCCGAAAAAAGAGCCACCGCGGCCCCAAAAUUCUUGUACAUUGAGUUGCUCAGUUUGUGAUGCGCGACGGUGGUUUUUCUUUUAAUUUACCUUUCUUUUAUUGUGUUGCGGUGAGUCGCGCGAAAUUAUGCGUGCAAGCGUGAGAGAGAGAGAGAGAAAGGAGACGGAAAGUGUCGAGGAUUAUUGAAAGAGCGAUAGAAAGAAGGAAGGAAGUCACAUCGAAAAUUAGUGUACAUUUCUUGAGUGGAAUGUUGUGUUGUAUCUCGCGUGAUUACCCCGAACCGGCAUCAAAUGACAAUAAAUAAGUAUUAUUCGUAAAUCGAAAAAUUCACGAUAGUUUUCCUGUUUUUUGGAGGACAUAUCAGAAAAACUGUCGAGACAUCGAAACAGAAGUGAGAACAAACCAGGAGAGCGCGUUCCUUCCAGUUUCGACUUUAGCGCGCGAUUCCGCAGGAGAUCUUCGUGAAUG